CGGGCGGCAGGCAGCAUGGGGAAAGGGGGGAACCAGGGCGGGGGGGCCACCGAGCGCGAGGCGCCGAUGCCCACCUUCAGCUGGGAGGAGAUUCAGAAGCACAACCUGCGCACGGACAAGUGGCUCGUCAUCGACCGCAAGGUCUACAACAUCACCAAAUGGUCCAGCCGGCACCCGGGGGGCCAGCGGGUCAUCGGGCACUACGCCGGGGAAGAUGCGACGGAUGCCUUCCGAGCCUUCCACCGUGACCUUGAUUUUGUGCACAAGUUCAUGAAGCCUCUGCUGAUCGGAGAGCUGGCCCCGGAAGAGCCCGGCCAGGACCAUGGCAAGAAUUCCCAGAUCACGGAGGACUUCCGGGCCCUGAGGAAGACCGCUGAGGAUAUGAACCUGUUUAAGAGCAACCACCUGUUCUUCCUCCUCCUCCUGGCCCACAUCAUUGCCAUGGAGAGCAUCGCCUGGUUCACCAUCUUUUACUUUGGCAAUGGCUGGAUUCCAACCGUCAUCACGGCCUUUGUCCUUGCUACCUCUCAGGCCCAAGCUGGGUGGCUGCAACACGAUUAUGGCCACCUGUCAGUCUACAAGAAGUCCACAUGGAACCACUUCGUCCACAAGUUCAUCAUUGGCCACUUAAAGGGUGCUUCCGCCAACUGGUGGAACCAUCGUCACUUCCAGCAUCACGCCAAGCCCAACAUCUUCCACAAGGAUCCGGAUGUGAACAUGCUGCAUGUGUUUGUCCUGGGCGAAUGGCAGCCCGUUGAGUACGGCAAGAAGAAGCUGAAAUACCUACCUUACAAUCACCAGCACGAGUACUUCUUCCUGAUCGGGCCACCACUGCUCAUCCCUGUGUACUUCCAGUACCAGAUCAUCAUGACCAUGAUCGCACGCAGAGACUGGGUGGACCUGGCCUGGGCCGUCAGCUAUUAUGCUCGCUUCUUGCUCACCUACAGCCCUUUCUAUGGCAUCCUGGGGGCUGUCCUUUUCCUCAACUUCAUCAGGUUCCUGGAGAGCCACUGGUUUGUGUGGGUCACGCAGAUGAACCACAUCGUCAUGGAGAUCGACUGCGAGCCUUACCGUGACUGGUUCAGCAGCCAGCUGGCUGCCACCUGCAACGUGGAACAGUCCUUGUUCAAUGACUGGUUCAGCGGGCACCUCAACUUCCAGAUCGAGCACCACCUCUUCCCCACCAUGCCCCGGCACAACUUCCACAAGGUGGCCCCGCUGGUGAAGUCUCUGUGUGCCAAGCACGGCAUCAAGUACCAGGAGAAGCCACUGCUGAGGGCCCUGCAGGACAUCAUCAGGUCCCUGAAGAAGUCCGGGCAGCUGUGGCUGGACGCGUACCUCCACAAAUGAAGCCUUUGGGGCGCCCACGGGGAAGGGGGAGCAGGUGGCAGUGCUGGCCACGGGGUGGGGGGUGGGCUUUUGUUCCGAGGGGUGUCCGCGAGGCCGGGGUACACGCUGGCCCACAGACCCCAUUUUUGGUCUUUCUCUCGUUUUCCGUCUCCUCUUUCCCUUCACUUCUCGCCCUCAUGGGGCUGCCCUCUUGUCAGGCGGCCCCUCCCCCUCUCCUCCCCGCCCCCAACCCCAGGAGCAGAGAGAGGUGCUCCGUCCCAGCCCCCACCUCCUGCCCCUAAACUUCUGUCGGGCCAGAGGUCCACAGAUGCGGCCCGCGACACACCCGCCUCCCCAGCCUUGCUGCCUGGCCUCUGGGCCUCACGCCUCCUUUUCUGCCUCAGAUGCUCUUGGGGUCCGUGGGGCGGGGUCCUCGCUGGGCGCGAUGCUCUCCCCGGCCCUGCAGGCCCCGCCGCCUGUGUCAGCCGGUGUCAGGGAGCCUGUGUCCUCCUCGUUCCCGUCUCCCGCCCAGCCCACGCUGGGACCACCGGUGCUCGGGGCCUCCCUGCCGGUGCCACCUCUCUCCGGAUGUCCAGGGUCCUGGCCCGCCUCCCGACUGCCUUUGCCUGAGCAGCGCAGCCAGCUCAGACCCCCC